AUGGUAUUUGAUAAUGAUACAUGUCACCCCAGAAUUGAGAAUGCUGUGGGUGAUCCUUCCGAUGGACGAGCACAACUGCUACGUUUAGCGCGAUAUUCCCCCAUUCUAAACCCCAUUUGGGAAUGCCUUCCUGCCCGUUAUAUACUAGCCAUACUAGGCUCUUGUGGUAUGGCGAUCAUUUAUGGUCUGAAAGUAAAUCUCAGUGUCGCCAUGGUAGCUAUGUUGAAUCACACAGCCAUCGAGGCAGGACAUAACAUUGAACAUACAAUUCAUAACACGAGUGUCGUUAUUCAAUCGCAAGAAGAAGUUUGCGAGAGCCCAGGCGGUGGGAGUGCAAGCAAGCAAGAGGAUGGCCCUUUUGUGUGGAGUGAAAAAAUACAGGGAAUCUUGCUAAGCUGCUACUUCUGGGGCUACUUGGUUUCGCAAAUACCGAGUGCGCGUGUAGCUGAAAAGUUCUCCGCCAAAUGGGUAAUGUUUGUAUCGGUAGGCAUCAAUGUAAUUGCCACUUUACUUACGCCAGUGUUGACGCAAACACACUACGUCGGUUUAAUUGUAAUGCGCGUCCUGGAAGGCAUAGGUGGUGGCGCUACUUUCCCCGCGAUGCACUGCAUGAUUGCAUCUUGGGCACCACCCAAUGAACGCUCUGUUAUGUCAACAAUUAUAUAUGUGGGAACUUCCUUUGGUACAGCAAUCUCUAUACUAUUAGCUGGAGUUUUGUCGGCAAAAUGGGGCUGGGAAUCGGUCUUUUACUGGAUGGGCGGUCUAAGUUCGAUCUGGAUGAUCUUGUGGCUAUUUCUAAUCCAGGAUAAUCCGAAUAAACAACGUUUCAUAAGUCCGGAAGAACGACAAAUGAUAACGUCACAGCUGGGUACCGAUAACACUGCAGAACAUGAGGAACAUCCGCCAGUGCCAUGGAAGAAAGUGCUGACAUCCAUACCAUUCUGGGCCAUUUUGAUUGCUCACUGUUGCAGUAACUGGGGAUGGUAUAUGUUCUUAAUUGAAAUCCCAUUCUAUAUGAAACAAGUCCUAAAGUUCGAUGUAUCAAGCAAUGCCCAGUUCAGCGCACUGCCCUACUUCCCAAUGUUGGUUUUGAGUAUUUUAUUGGGCAAAACUCUGGACACACUGAAAGCCAAAGGGAAAAUUACCACAACCACCGCACGCAAAACGGCCACAAGCAUCUGUACAAUCAUCCCCGGAAUUUGCCUUCUAGCCCUCUGCAACAUCGGCUGUAAACACACCGCUGCUGUGGUGAUCAUGACAAUCGGCAUCAUUGGCAUGGGUGGCAUGUUUUCUGGUUUCCUCUCUAAUCACAUUGACAUUGCACCAAACUACGCCGGCACACUGGUCGCAAUUACCAACACUGCCGCAACCAUUCCGGGCAUUAUAGUUCCAAUAUUUGUCGGCCUCGUAACAACGAAUAACCAAACUAUUGAGGCCUGGCGUAUAAUUUUCUAUGUAACGAUUGUGCUCUUCUCUAUCGAAUUCUUGGUAUUUGUCAUCUUCGGUUCCGGUGAGGAACAAUCAUGGAAUAAGCUAGAGAAAAAAGAAGGAAAGGAUGAAGCUACGCCAUUGAAGGCUCAACCUAGUAAGGACAAUGUUUAGAGCUGUUUCGGGUACCGAGGAUUUUUUGAGAUUAUAAGUUAAUUCUUAGCUGUUGGUUAACUGUUGUAUACUUUAACCAAAACAUAGGUGUACAUGUACAAACAUACAUAUACACAGCCACGCAAAGACACUCAUACAUUGAAGCAAGAAAUUGUUUACCAUUUGAAAUGCCCAUUAAUUUAGUUAUGUGCUUGAUAUUUAACUAUUUCCAUACUCAGAUUCGUAAAAUUCUAAAAAGAUAAAAUAACUGCACGAUAUUAAAAAUUUCAGUAGAUAGUAAGUGGGGGAGCCCAAGAAGGUAAUCGGGGAUUUAUUCGAGCGCGGCAGAUUAAUAAAUGGGGGAUACCUUGCAGCCUUUUGACUACCUCUAAAUAAUCUAAGCCCCCUAUGUAGGUCCGCGCGCGUAGGAUAGUCUAUCAGAAUAGUAAAAAAAAAUUAUAGAUUUACUCGAGCGCGUCAUAUUAAGGAAUUGUGGGUAAUUAUAUGCUGAAAAGUCUGCAUUUCAAUAAUCUGACGAUUUGUGCGUCACGGAAGGGAUUGGGAGCAUCACAAACUUGCAAAAAAACUAACCUUUACAUUCUGUAGCGCGUUAAUUUUUUUAUUUAUUAUGAAGCAAACAGCUCAAGGAUAACUGGAAAUAUAUAAUCUGACGAUUUCCACAGGCAGAGUUAACCGAAAACUGUCAAAAAACUUUAGCGUAUGCACCUGCUGUUUUUUUUUUAAUUUGUAAUAUGAUAUAGUUCUUUAAUUAAAUAAUGUAAUAUAAAUUCUGUUUUUAAUUAAGAGUCAGACUAAUUUAUGCCUUCAAAGACAUACAUAUCAUCAUGGGAGCGAGAGGAAGAUGCCUGCAGAAUACAAUCACUACACAAAUUUUUCAUUGCCAAAAUUCUCUGAAUAAAAAUCUGUUUGGCCCAAAAGUAUACAGCAUUAAAAAGUAGCAUAUGGGUGUUUCCAGCGGAAGGUCCACCACGACAAAAAAAAUAAAAGUUUUAUAUCUAACGUAUU